AUGAAUAAAGGGAUAUUUACUGCUUUUGUUGGUGAUGGUUGUAAUGACAUUUGUGCACUCUAACAAAGUGACAUUGGAUUAGCAUUAUCAAAUUAGGAAGCAUCUUUGGCUGCCCCAUUCCUUACUCCAAUAAUCAGAGUUUCGUAGAUUUGCGAGAUUUUGAAAGUUGGAAGGGGUUCCCUCAUUACAAGUUAAUCUUGUUUUAAGUUCAUGACUCUUUACUCUAGUAUUCAGACCAUAGCAUUGACGAUAUGUUACGUCAGCAAUACUAAACUAACAGUUGAGUAAUUUUUGUAUUAGGAUCUGUGGAUUUUGAUUCCAAUUGCAUUUACUAUGAGUUUGACUAAGCCAUCCGAGACUUUAACUAUAGAGAUGCCAUUCGUUAGUUUGUUGAGUAGGUCCAUCAUUUUUUCGGUUAUUGGAUAAUUGUUAAUUUGUUGUUGUUGUCAAUUGAUCUCCUUUUCAACGUAUGACCAAACUUAGAUCACACCAUUGAAUAUGGAUUUUGUUAAUCCAAUCAAUACUUAAUAAAUAAUAUUGGGCAAUACUCAAGUCAUUGCUGUUGCAAUUGCGUAUUCGUAAGGUAAGCCUUUCAGACAACCCAUAUACAGAAACUAUUUUCUUUUGUUUUUUUUGUUUAUUGGAAUGGUUGUGCAUGUGUCGCUCAUUAUUAAACCUAACAUUGUUAACAUUUCCAUAUUAAGUGAACUGACAUCAGAGUAAUUGAUGAUCACCAGUUUGAUGAAUGUACCCGUAUUUGUGGCUGUAAUUUUAUUUGAGAAUCUGUGUAUAAAAUAAUAUAAGACCUGA